AUGGGAGUGUCCCUGGGCACAUGCACAGCUGGGUCUGAUGAGCCUGGCCCAGAGGGCCUCACCUCCACCUCCCUACUGGACCUCCUGCUGCCCACUGGCCUGGAGCCGCUGGACUCGGAGGAGCCCAGUGAGGCCAUGGGGCUGGGAGCUGGCCUGGGAGCCCCUGGCUCGGGCUUCUCCAGCGAAGAGAGCGAAGAGUCCCGCAUUCUGCAGCCGCCACAGUACUUCUGGGAAGAGGAGGAGGAGCUAAAUGACUCAAGUCUGGACCUGGGACCCACUGCAGAUUACGUUUUUCCAGACUUGACUGAGAAGGCAGGUCCCAUAGAAGACACCAGCCAGGGUCAAGAGGUGCCGAGCCUCCCCUCUCCCUUGCCCAAGAUGAACCUGGUGGAGCCACCCUGGCAUAUGGCUCCUGGAGAGGAGGAGGAGGAGGAGGAGGAGGAGAGGGAGAAGGAGGAGGUAGAGAAGGAAGAGGAGGAGGAAGAAGAGGAGGCGCUGCUGCCUGUGAACAGAUCCCAAGAAGAAGCCCAAACUCAGGUCCAUGACUUUUCUUCCAUCGGCAGCAGCCAGACUCCAGGGGCUGCCAAACACAGGCAUGAAGAUUCUGGGGACCAGGCCUCCUCGGGUGUGGAGGUGGGGAGCAGCAUGGAGCCCAGCCUGCCACCGCCCUCAGUCACCCCAAGUACAGUGACCCUGGGGGGUCAGGACUUCACCAGCCAGGAGGCAGGGAGCACAGUGCUGCCAGCCACAGGGCGUGGGGUAGAGUUGGAGGCCCCUCAGGAGGCAGAUGAGGAGGCCACUGUGGGAGCAGCUGGGUGGGCUGGCAGGCAAGGGGAGGUGCCGUCCUUGGCUUCAUUCCCUCAAACAGAAGCUCCCAGCGGGGCUGAGACCCCAGAUGAAGACCCCCUUUACCCUGGAGCCUCAGCGUCUUUCCCACUGGCCCCCCAAGACAUGGAACUGACACCUUCCUCUGCUACCUUGGGGCAGGAAGAGCUCAGCCAGCAGCCCCGGGAAGGGCAGGCCGCCGAAGCUCCGUCCAGAACACCCUGGGAUUCUACUCAGGUGAUCUGCAAAGACUGGAGCAACCUGGCUGGGAAAAACUACAUCAUCCUGAACAUGACAGAGAACAUAGACUGUGAGGUGUUCCGGCAGCACCGGGGGCUGCAGCUCCUGGCCCUGGUGGAGGAGGUGCUGCCCCGCCACGGCAGCAGCCGCCAUGGGGACUGGCACAUCUCCCUGAGCAAGCCCAGCGAGAAGGAGCAGCACCUUCUAAUGACCUUAGUGGGCGAGCAGGGAGUAGUGCCCACUCAAGACGUCCUUUCCAUGCUGGCUGACAUCCGCAGGAGUCUGGUGGAGAUUGGCAUCCAGAACUACUCCACAACAAGCAGCUGCCAGGCACGGGCAAGCCAGGUGCGCAGCGACUAUGGGACGCUCUUUGUGGUGCUGGUGGUCAUUGGCGCCAUCUGUGUCAUCAUCAUUGUGCUGGGCCUGCUCUACAACUGCUGGCAGCGCCGGCUGCCCAAGCUCAAACAUGUGUCGCACGGCGAGGAGCUGCGCUUCGUGGAGAACGGCUGCCACGACAACCCCACGCUGGACGUGGCCAGCGACAGCCAGUCGGAGAUGCAGGAGAAGCAGCCCAGCCUGAACGGAGGCGGGGCCGUCAACGGCCCGGGGGGCUGGAGCGCGCUCACGGGGGGCAAGCGGGACCCCGAGGACUCGGACGUGUUCGAGGAGGACACGCACCUGUGAGGGCGCGCC